GUUAUUAAUAAACAUAAGCAACUACAAAAUGAAAAUACUAAUCUUAUUUCUCAUAACGCACAAAAAGAUAUUUUUAUUGCUGAAUCCAAAGCUAAGAAUGUUACAAAAUCCAAGAAAAUCAAAUCACUUGAAUAUAUGAUCAAGAUAUUGGAAA